UAGAACAGCUUGAAUCCCAUCAUUAUGGCAGAACCGAGUGCACCACAAGCUAAUCCCCUUUGGGUGAUUAGCCCUCACUAUUGUGCCCCUUACCCUGUGGAUCUUGGAAUUGUCAGGAAAGUUUUUACCAUAAGUGAUGGCAACUUUGUUGUCACCGAUACUAAUGGCAACAUUAUUUUCAAAGUAAAAGGAGUCCUCUUAACCCUCGUUCAUCAACGUCGGAUCAUAGUUGAUGCUGCUGGAAAUCCUAUUGUUACUAUUCGAGAUAAGGUAAUGAGUGCACAUAGCAGGUGGCAAGCUUUUAGGGGAGAAAGCACAGAUUCUAAAGAUUUGCUCUUCAGCGCUAAGACACAUUCUGUGCUCUAUCUCAAGACUAAAUUAGAUGUGUACUUAGCACAUAACACAACGGAGAAGGUUUGUGAUUUCAAGGUUGAAGGGAGUUGGCUCGAACGGUCUUGUGUCAUUUAUGCUGGGGACUCUUCCACAGUCAUUGCCAAAAUGCAUAAGAAGCGCACGGCUCAAAGCAUUUUGAUUGGAAAGGAUAACUUCAUGGUGACAGUUUAUCCUAACAUAGAUUAUGCAUUCAUAGUUGCCCUUAUUGUGAUUCUAGAUGAAAUUAACCGUCCGAGUAAAGCAGUAGUAGUUGUGUAAUUUAACUGGUAUGUAAUUUUAACAAAGAUAUUUAGAAUUCAAAUAUGUCAUUUCCCAUUAUAAAACUAUCAAAUUUACCCCACCCCUAAAAAAACUGAUGUUGUACAAUGAAAUUGAGAA